GAAACAAAAUAUAGCUAAGGUGGAAAAACUGUCGUACAGUGUACAGGAGAUCUCUGGCACAGCCAGAGGUUUACAUGUCUGUUGUUCUCCACUAAAAAAUAGGAAAUAGACCUUACUUUUGUUAAUUCUAAAAUGAAAUGUGCAUAAUAAAUUGUUAUUUAAAAAUAUGUACAGAAUGGAUGAAAGUGCUUUUUUAUCUUUAAAAUGUAAAAAGUUUGAGAGACAGAUUUUGUGUGAAUUGAACAGAUGCAAUAAUCAACUUGACAUUCAUGAAAUUUUAAAAAUCGCAAAUGAGAAACUUGCGAUAAUUCCUACUCAGCAUGUAAGAAGACUAAGAAACACAUACAGAAGUGAAGGUAUAAAUAGAACCUGUCAAUUUGUACUGGAGUUGUACAAGCUACUUCCAUUUGAGCAUUUCUUGGAUGUUUUCCGCUUUUUGGAGCAAAACAGAUUUGUUAUAGGAAUAAAUCAGGUUUACUGUUGUUCUUCACUGAUAAGAACAGUGCAAAAUGUCCCAAUGCAACAUGGAUUCCAAAUUCUUCAUUUCUACUUGGAAUUGAAGAAGAAAGUUGACAAUGGAUACUUUGUUAAUACAAGGGACAGGCUUUUAGAUCUUAGACAACAGAAAAGGGCUCUCAUUAAUGCAAGACCGGGAGAUAGUGACCUGGCAUUCAACCAGUAUGUAUGUGUAACAGCCCUUCUCAUACAAGUGGAAGAUGACUGUGCACUACGGGAAGAUUACCUAACAGAAAUGCAAUCUCUAACCCCACAGGGUGUUGACACAAGAUUCUCCAAUGUGGUGUUCUUUGGAUACAAGGCAUUCAUUUCUGCUCUGAAAAGAAAUGUCCAUGACAGCCAUGUUAACCUGACCCAAAUGUCUGUUGUCAGUGAUCAGUGUGCUAAUGGUUUUGUUCGUGCUGCAGCAAACAUGUUCUCACACUAUGUUUUCCGCCAUAAUUACAUCAACGAAACACAAGACCAUGACUCUGAAUCCCUCUGUAAAGCUCUCAGCCAUUUUGAGCUAGCGCUAGAGUGUGUCAGUGACGGCUGUCUUGGCAGCGAACUGCGGUAUGGCCAAAGGCUUGUGUUGCUGAACAUGGUCCAAAGCUACUUGAAAAUCACCAAUGAUUUCUUCAUUGACACUUCCGAACAGUUGGAUGCAAGGUCCAGGGCUAUGGCAGAGAAGUUCCUGUCUAUUGUCCACAGGGAAUAUUUUCAAGAUAUUGAGUGCCGCAGAUCAAUGAUCUACUACCUGUGCAUGGCCCGAGUUAACGAGAGGGAAAACUGCGAGCUUGCCCUACGCUGCAUCGAGAUUGCUCAGCAAUGCUGCCGUUUGGGGUCAUACUGUCGGGACAACAUGGAGAACAUUGACAACUACUAUAAGUACAUCCUGUGCAAGGCAAUGCCAACUCCAGCACUGUUUGAUGCUGUCUGAUAAUUGAGUCAUUUGUCUGUUUUAGAGAACCAAUGUUUUAAGCCAAAGGGCGGGCUAAAAAUAAUACAUGUAUAUUCAACCAAAGAAUGGCUUAAAAUUCAAUGACUGACUUAAAGUGCAUAGUGACUUCUCAUUUUUGAAAUUGAACAAAUACAUUCUCAAUCCAAAGAACAGGGUAAAAAUAAGAAAACAUAGAAGCAAAAAAAGUAUAAAAAACAUUUUAGUUAAUAAUUGAUAUUUGAUUCAUUAAAAAGGCUAAAAACUGAAAUACUAAGGUAAAAAAAGUUUGCAUGCAACUUUAAAGAGACUGUUUUUAUCAGUGGCAGGUACUUUGUAUUCGUUUUUACAACUUUUGCAUUAUAAUAAUGCUUUGGUUGAUGGAAAGUAGUGGUCAAAAUAUUUUUUUGGCAAAUAAGAAGUCCGAAUUUCUGCAAUUUUCCAUUUUAGUUAAUAUUUUAUUAUUUAUUAUUUAUUUUAUUGUAACCUGUGAAUCGGUAGAUAAAGACAGUGGCUGGCCCAGUUACUGGGUAGUUUACAUAAUAUAAUGUAGACCACUAAAAAAUUUAAGAUUGUUAGUAUGUCCACUUUAACAAAGAAAAUGGUUAUACAAAUAAAGGUACCAUAUUAACUUUAGUAAAAACUUACAAUCUUUAACCAUUACAAGGAGCACUAUUAGUUUAAGCAAUGAAACAAUCCUACUCACCCGUACUCUUAUUUAUGGUAAAUAUGAAUUAACAUCUAAAUAGAAUUAGUACUUCUUGUCAAAAUGUUACAGCUUUUAUGUUUUUCAAUACAAAUUUAACUAGUGUGAGUUUGGUAUAUAAUAAAAAUGUUUUAAUUUUUAGGUAUUUUUACUAAGUAUUAUUACACAAGACUAGUCAGCUAGUUUCUUCAAUCAUGGUUUCAUAUGUCACAUCUGAGUCCCACCUUUACAACAAAUGCUUGUCAAGAUUCAGAGUGCAACUAUUUUUAUUUCAUGAUUAUUAUUAUUAUUAUUCACUUUAGGGCUACAUUUAUUGAACAUGUUUUUUGUUGUUGAUGAUACUAAUAGGGCAUCUCUUAGUCUUAGUCACUACUGAAUAUAAUCUUAAACUGUUACUUUAAUUAUUUAAACAUUAAAUUUUAUUGCAACUUAAUCUCAGUAAUCAAUUUUAUAAUAUAUAUACCAUGUUUCCAUGGAAAAAAACUUAGGUUAUAUUAUUAUAUAUACCAAAUUAUUUUAAAGCAGUCUGAAUAGAGUAAAUGCAAAAUUAUGAUGAAAUUGUAUAAAAGAUGUUAAAUAUGUUAUGAAUGAUAUGUAUAAUGAUGAAACCUGACAUUCUGUAUGAUAUCCUUAUACUUCAAGCAUUAUCAGUUUAUUUCAAAAUUAAUGGCAUAAUGGUUGUGAUUUAUUUUAUUUUGUAUUUUGUAUAUCUUUUUCUACAUUCUGAAAUAAAUGUUCAUUUUUUAAUGUGAAUUUUAAAUCUUACACAUUUACAUGAUAAUUAUAUUAAAAAUGUACAAUCCCUCAAAAUGUGUAUUUAAGCAUAAUCCCUCAAAAUGUGUAUUUAAGCAUAAUCCCUCAAAAUGUGUAUUUAAGCAUAAUCCCUCAAAAUGAGUAUUUUAGCACAAUCCCUCAAAAAGGGUAUUUUAGCAUAAUCCCUCAAAAUGUGUAUUUAAGCAUAAUCCCUCAAAAUGUGUAUUUAAGCAUAAUCCCUCAAAAUGAGUAUUUUAGCACAAUCCCUCAAAAAGGGUAUUUUAGCAUAAUCCCUCAAAAUGUGUAUUUAAGCAUAAUCCCUCAAAAUGUGUAUUUAAGCACAAUCCCUCAAAAUGUGUAUUUAAGCAUAAUCCCUCAAAAUGUGUAUUUAAGCAUAAUCCCUCAAAAUGUGUAUUUAAGCACAAUCCCUCAAAAUGUGUAUUUAAGCAUAAUCCCUCAAAAUGUGUAUUUUAGCACAAUCCCUCAAAAAGGGUAUUUAAGCACAAUCCUUCAAAAUGUGUAUUUUAGCACAAUCCCUCAAAAUGUGUAUUUUAGCACAAUCCCUCAAAAUGUGUAUUUUAGCACAAUCCCUCAAAAUGUGUAUUUUAGCACAAUCCCUCAAAAUGUGUAUUUAAGCACAAUCCCUCAAAAAGGGUAUUUAAGCACAAUCCCUCAAAAUGUGUAUUUUAGCACAAUCCCUCAAAAUGUGUAUUUAAGCACAAUCCCUCAAAAAGGGUAUUUAAGCACAAUCCCUCAAAAUGUGUAUUUUAGCACAAUCCCUCAAAAAGGGUAUUUAAACACAAUCCCUCAAAAUGUAUAUUUUAGCACAAUCCCUUAAAAUGUGUAUUUAAGCACAAUCCCUCAAAAUGUGUAUCUAAGCACAAUCCCUCAAAAUGUGUAUUUCAGCACAAUCCCUCAAAAUGUGUAUUUUAGCACAAUCCCUCAAAAUAUGUAUUUAAGCACAAUCCCUCAAAAUGUGUAUUUCAGCACAAUCCCUCAAAAAAAAUGUGUAUUUAAGCACAAUCCCUCAAAAUGUGUAUUUCAGCACAAUCCCUCAAAAUGUGUAUUUCAGCACAAUCCCUCAAAAAAAUGUGUAUUUAAGCACAAUCCCUCAAAAUGUGUAUUUAAGCACAAUCCCUCAAAAUGUGUAAUUCAGCACAAUCCUCAAAAUGUGUAUUUCAGCACAAUCCCUCAAAAUUUGAAUUUAAGCACCAUCCAUGUAUCUUGUAUUUUGUAUCUUGUAUCUAAUCCUAAGUAAUUUAUUUAGUAUCAUUGAUGAAAAAAUCUGUUUGCAUC